CCAAAAAUUUGUAAUCCAACCCGAACACAGCGACUGCUCCAGCACCUGUCUGGGCAAGAAAUGGGAACUUGGCGAGGCAAAUCAGAACAAGAAACCUUCUCCUUCCCGUCUAAUCCACCGUAAAGGAAAUCCUCUUUGUAUUUGUAAUUCACUGGAUUCGGCUAGAUGCUGGCGGCUUUCUGGGGCCACGGCCCCCUGAAUACCUCGCUGCUCCCCGGCAAGUGUUCAGACCUUCGUGUGUUCGAUGGGUGCAAUGGGUUCACCGCGUAUUUUACGCGUAAGGAUAAGUGGUGGAGGAGAGCGGUGGGGUGUGGAGGCGGUGAGGGAGAGACGCUGAAGUCCGGUGUGGCGCGAGCUCGGCUUACGAGCUCGUUGCCCCCUUCGAUCGAUCUGGACUUGCAGACUGUGCAGAUUAAUGAUCGGUCACAACUAUUAUGGGUUGGUCCUCUUCCUGGUGAUAUUGCUGAAGUUGAGGCAUACUGUAGGAUCUUUAGAGCAGCAGAGCAUCUUCAUGCUUCAUUAAUGGAAAUCAUUUGCAAUCCAGAGACUGGAGAAUGUCCUGUUUCUUAUGAGAUUCCGUCUGAGGAUAUGCUUUUCUUGGAAGAAACGGUGGUUGCAGUGCUUGCCUGUAUGUUGGCAUUACUUAGUAGAAGCAGAGAAGAAGUGUUAUCUGGAAGGUCUUCUUUGGUUAAUUCAUUUCAAGCUGCAGCUAUUAAUACUGCAGAUGGUAGGCUUCCACCACUUGCUCUAUUCAGAGAUGAAAUGAAAAGUUGCUGUGAGAGUUUAGAAGUUGCACUUUUAAACUAUUUAAAACCUUUUGAAAAUCCUAGAUGUAACAUCUGGAGGCGAUUACAGAGGCUAAAGAAUGUCUGCUAUGAUGCUGGAUUUUCACGCAGAGAAGAUUGUCCCAGUCCAAAGAUUUUUGCAAACUGGGCCGCUGUUCUCUUCUCCACCAUGAAGGAAGCCAUUGUGUGGGACGAUCAUGUAGUAGCUUUUUGGAGAGGAGGCCAGGUAACCGAGGAAGGCCUCGCUUGGUUACUAGACAAGGAGUUUAAAACUAUUGUUGAUUUGAGAGCAGAGGGAUCCAUGGAUGAAUUCUACGACUCUGCUAUAAAGCAGACUGUUUCAUCUGGGAAGAUAGAGCUAAUAAAUUUGCCUGUUCAACCUGGAACUGCUCCAUCUAUGGAGCAAGUUGAGCAAUUUGCUCUGUUGAUAUCAGAUCCCAGAAGGAAUCCACUUUACCUGCAUAGUCAAGAAGGAGUUAAUAGAACUUCUGCUAUGAUUUCGAGAUGGAGGCAAUAUAUUGCACUUGCUGAAAUGAAUUCUGCUAAAAGGAACUCUCUAGCAUGUGAUUUUAAACCAUUAAAAGCUGUGAAAGGCUUGGAAGGUCAGAAAUUGUUUGAUAUAAUACCUAUGAAAGCACAGGGAGGCACAAUUCUAGAUGCUGAAAAUGAUUAUGGGCUUGCUGCAGUUGAACAUACUGCUGGAAAAUUCAAGGAACAAGAUAUAUCAAUUAGUCAAAAGGACAACGUGAAUGAAAAACUGAAUCCUAAUCUGACCUUCAUGCAUAACUCAGUGCGAAGUAGUGAUGUCAAUGGAGCAACUUCACAUUAUUCUCUUAAGAAUGAUCCUUUCAAAGAACAACUUCCCAAGUGUGAUUUUUUUUCUAGAAAGGAAGUGACUCAAUUUUUCCAAAGCAGAAAAACCUCUCCCAAAACCUAUUUUAAUUCUUUUAGGAAAAAGUUCGAGGAUGCAUGUAUUUCAAGAAAGACAUACACUCCUACAAAUGCUUAUAUAUCUUGGUGGAUGAAGCCAAGAAGUUCUGAUGGACAACCUGAAAAUAAAGGUCAUGAAUAUGGAGCUAGCCAUACUGUUUUGGGCAAAGAAGAAAAUCUCAAGUAUAGGAGUUCUUUGUCAUUGAAAUUGGCUGCUAAUGGUCAUCAUGACAAAAAAAGUUAUGCAGUUGCAGUUGAUGAACCCAUGGUUUCUUUUUAUCCAAGUAGCUUCAGUGAUCAAACUUUAUCUACUCUCACAGACAGACAAAUUUUGGAGAAUGGUAAGGUUUCUAGUGGGUUAACCGGUGAUGGUUUGGAUCUGAUGGAGGGCAAUAUGUGUGCUUCUACAACUGGUGUUGUAAGGGUCCAAUCAAGAAAAAAAGCAGAGAUGUUUUUAGUCCGAACUGAUGGAUUCACUUGCACUAGAGAGAAAGUAACAGAAUCUUCAUUGGCUUUCACACAUCCAAGCACCCAGCAACAGAUGCUUAUGUGGAAAUCUCUUCCAAAGACCGUACUGCUAUUGAAAAAAUUAGGGCAAGAGCUUAUAGAGGAAGCUAAAGAGGUGGCUUCAUACCUCUAUCACCAAGAGAAAAUGAAUGUUCUUGUUGAACCUGAUGUGCAUGAUGUAUUUGCAAGGAUACCAGGUUUUGGCUUUGUCCAGACUUUCUAUAUCCAGGACACUAGUAACCUUCAUGAGCGAGUUGAUUUUGUGGCAUGCUUAGGAGGUGAUGGUGUAAUUCUACAUGCAUCAAACCUAUUUAGAGGCGCUGUUCCUCCUGUUGUUUCCUUUAAUCUUGGAUCUCUAGGAUUUCUCACAUCACAUUAUUUUGAAGAUUUUAGACAGGAUCUGAAGGCAGUAAUACAUGGAAACAACUCACUUGGAGUUUAUAUAACUCUCAGAAUGCGCUUACAAUGUGAAAUAUUACAAAAUGGGAAGACUAUGCCUGGAAAAGCAAUUGAUGUUCUAAAUGAAGUCGUUGUGGAUCGUGGUUCUAAUCCAUACCUAUCUAAAAUUGAGUGUUACGAGCAUAAACGCCUGAUAACAAAAGUGCAAGGUGAUGGUGUUAUAAUAGCCACUCCAACUGGAAGUACAGCCUACUCAACAGCUGCAGGUGGCUCAAUGGUCCACCCCAAUGUUCCUUGCAUGCUCUUUACGCCAAUAUGCCCGCAUUCACUGUCAUUUAGACCUGUUAUACUUCCUGAUUCUGCACAACUUGAGUUGAAGAUUCCAAAGGAUGCACGGAGUAAUGCUUGGGUAUCAUUUGAUGGGAAAAGAAGGCAGCAGCUCUCGAGAGGAGAUUCGGUUCGCAUAUGCAUGAGCCAACACCCACUUCCAACUGUUAAUAAAUGUGAUCAGACCGGUGAUUGGUUCCACAGUUUAGUUCGAUGCCUGAAUUGGAACGAAAGGUUAGAUCAGAAGGCGUUGUGAUUGUAGCGGCUCAACAUGUCAAGGAGCUGUUUAUUUAUUUGUACAAAAUCCUACAAGUUACGGGUAAAGGGUAAGCUAAUCUCCCUCUUCAGCUUCUCAGCUGAAAUUUAAAUAGGAUUAGUCAUCAUUUGUUUAAAAUUUUAAAAAUAAGCGUUUACUAUAUUAGUUAGUAUACAAAUCUGUAAAUAAGCCGAAGAACUUUUAAUAACUCAGUGCUGCAUUUUAUCCAAUGUACAGAAACCGCUUGUAAAGCAACUUGUGAGUAGGUUCAAACUUGUAUAAUACAUGUGCAUGCCAAAUUUGCUUUGUUGAAUUGAAUAUCGAGCGAAAGUAGGAUUUGCUCUGAACGGUGAAGAGGAGGAUGAUACGAGCAAUAAUUUUUUUUUUCUUUUAAGGAGACUUUGGUGUCUCUUGGAUGUGGGAUAAACAGCAACAUAUUCAAACAGCCCCAAAGUUUACAUCAUCUUAGGCAAUUAUAGGCUUGUGCCUAUUUUUAAAUCAGUGAUUUGGUAUUAUUUAUCGGACAUGAUCAAACAUACUGGACAUCCCUUG